UUACAGUGUAGAAAUAAAAUGUGGAUUUCAAAAACAUUUCUUGCAAACACCCCUUUAGUGGGAGGGGUUAUUCCUGGAAAGUAACUACAGACAAUUUAUAAAAUUCAGUUUUACUAUUCUUUCUUCAAUCAGCAGACUUUCUUCAAUUCAUUUUGAGUUCUGAAUGCACUAAAGAUGAAAGAAAAUACUUUGCUAUUAUUCUGCUUUCUUUCCCUGAGCGUAAGCUUGUCUGCUGGUCAAGAGGAAGGAUCUAUCAGGCUGGUUGGUGGUCAAGAUAACGCUGACGGCCGUGUGGAGAUCUUUCUAAAGGGAAUUUGGGGGACUGUGUGUAAUAGCUACUGGGACAUAAAUGACGCUCAUGUCGUGUGUCGCCAGCUCCAUUUCCCUGGCGCAAUAGAAGCUCUAACUACACCUCAUUUUGGCUCCGGGGAAGGUACAGUCUUGUUGAACAAUGUACUCUGUGAUGGAUCAGAGACGAGCCUGCUUCAAUGUAAAUCUGUUGAUGGCUUCUCUCACUGUGGUCCCUCCAGACAUGCUGGUGUUCGGUGCCAAAAAGAACAGAUCAACAGCAAUCUGAGCCCUGAAUAUGAUUUGGACCACAGCACGAGCCUCUCCCAUCAGCUGGGGCAGCUGUUUGACAGCAGACGUGACUGUGACGUGAACAUCCCAGUGCUGGUGCACAACAACACCUCUGAGACAAUCUGUGCUCACAGCCUCAUCCUCUCUCUGAACUCACAGCAGGACUUCAGACACCUCAGCAUUGAUACCACUUCUAACUGCAGUGAGCACGCCAAAACCUUUAUCAGAUUUUUCUACACAAGAAAGAUCAAAUUUACACGAUCCACGGCCCCUUGCAUUCUCAGGAUGGCACAAGACUGGGGUCUGACAGAAGUACAGAAUGAGGUAGCAAAUAUUUCCAGACUUUUUCUCACAGAGGAUCCCACCUUCCAGAGUCAAAACUCUUUCUAUGAGUAUGCAGUUCAUAUAGGUGAUGAGGCACUACAGGAAGCUUGCAUUCGCUACCUGGCGUGGAACUGUGAGGCUCUGAUCCAAUCCCCAGCCUGGACAAAUCUUUCAUUUGCUCUGGUCAAAGCUCUUCUGUCUCGCUCAGACCUUGUGGUGCCUAAUGAAAACGUCAUCCUGAAUGGAGUGGAGAGAUGGGCGGCAGCCAAAGGUAACCCUACCAUCCCUGAGGUCCUUCUGAAGCUCAUCCGUUUCCCCCUGAUACAAGCUGAGGAUUUAUACAAACUUAAUGGGUCCCAGUACGAUGCCAUGAAGCAGAAGGGGUAUUAUUUCAAUACACUGUCCUUAAAAACAUUGCUCCCUUACUUGAAGAAAGACAAAGAAUUCUACACUCCCAGGAUUUACACCGACAAUCCGUGGAGCACUACCUUUAACCACCACAAAGUCAACAUUUACAAGGACUUUGGUGUCUUCAAUCGUCAUGGCGUGUCACUCAAUAGCCUCACAAUAAAGAUCCGAUCACCUAUUCAUAACAGUCACUUAUUCGCUACUAACAUCAUGCUCUGGAAAACAAGGGUUUAUAUCAGUCAUGCAGAAUGCUCGAGGGAUGGGGUCACUUGCCCCACUUUGCCGGCUGUUAGUGUGAAGAUUGAAGAGAACCGAAAUGUACCCCGAAGUUUGCAGGGAAAGUUUCAGUACAGCAAUAAGCUUAUUGUUCUGUGUGAAGGGACGUAUGUGAUCCAGGUUCUUGAAUUUCCUGACGGUGAUGGGGAGAACUUUGUAUCUGUCCCAAGAAGCGCUGACCAAGUCUAUCCAUGCCGCUCAGACCAGUUCUCCUACCAGGUGGUGAUCCGUCCUUACUACGUCACAGAUUAGUUUGGGUUUCCUAUGGGAACUUUGGCAAAGAGGAAAUGAACAAAGGAUUUGCAAACAGCAUAUUUUCUGUAAUUCAUGACUCUUGUGAGUAUAAUUAUAACUAUUAACAGUGUAACAUUGAGUGCAUUUAAUUAAACGUGACCAAGCUUUCCAUGUACAUGCCUUGUGACAUGAAUCAUAUCAUAAAAUACUGAUACAAUCUGUUCAACA